ACGCCCACCACGCUCGGCCUGCGCUUCACCCACUGCUAUCGGCUGUAAAUAUGUUCCGCCCUCUCUGUUCCUCUAGGAUACCGUAAUGCGACCUUCCCUCCGCCCGACAUGGCCCACAAACUCUUCGCAACUCGCAUGGCUUCCCCGAGCAACUCCGCACCGCGUCCCCCGCCGCAUCGCAACCACUUCAGCCCACAAUGCAGCGCCAGUUGACCUCCCCAAGAUGGUAGUUGCCCCUGGCUCUCCUCACCAUAACUCACUGCCCACCUUUCUCGACUAUGCAAAGCGCAUCAAUCUAUCGUCGGAUAGCACCAUGUUCAUUGGCACACACUACGAGUACACAAGCGCGCUCGCCCUCAUGCGCCUGGGCUUUUCGCUGCUACGCAUAGGACGUACCUGGGAUGCGGGCAUUGAUCUCAUCGGCCAUUGGGUCUUAGCCCCAUUGAGGGAGCCGCUGCCAGUCAUCAUUCAGUGCAAAGCGCGCAAGAUUUCCGUAAACCCCAGCCAUAUCCGCGAACUCGAGGGCUCCUUUCGCGGCAUACCGCCUGAUUGGACCAAGAAGGACGUACUUGGAUUGCUGGUAACGACGAAGAAGGCCACCAGAGGGGUGUUGGAAGCUGUGGGCCACAGCCAUUGGCCUAUGGGCUUCGUCUUAAUCUCUCGGCAAGGCUUAAUACAGCAAUUUGUCUGGAAUCGCGCCGCGUGUGACCGGGGGCUGGAAGGCGUGGGUGUUACAGUGAGGCACACGCCACGGAUCCUAUUACCCGACACCGAGCACGAGACCGAGCAAGAUGAAUCUGGCACAGCGAAGAAACGCCAGGCCAAGUUCAAGAAUGCCGGUACAAGGAGGGACAUUCAGUUGACCUGGAUGGGCUCGCCUAUCUUCCCAGAAAGGAAGGAUCUGGAUCGGGAGACGCUUGGCCUCAUGCAACAAAUCCAAGCCGAUGUCAAAGUUGACAAAGUUGCUAAAGUUGCUAAAGUUGCCAAAGUUGCCAAAGUUGCUAAAGUUGCUAAAGUUGCUAAAGUUUCAAAAGCUACCAAAGUUGCCAAAGUUAUUGCUGUGGAGAAACGGCGUCCAGGGCGCCCAAAAGGUUCCAAGAACAAACCACGGGUUAAAGCUAUUGAAACAGUUGGACCAAGGCCCAGAGGUCGUCCAAAGGGUUCCAAGAACAAAGCAACCCUUCAAGCCGAAAAAGAAGCUGCAUACAAGCCCAGAGGCCGACCUAAGGGCACAACAAAGCAUUACGCUGAAAAGAUGCCAUUUCCACGCGGUGGUUUAGUUCCACGCACUCUUAAGCGCCACUGUGGCCGACCCAAGGGCUCCAAAACAAAGCGAUGAACGACAGUUGAUGAUAUGUAAGUAGAGAUAGGGCAAUGUCCGGCUUUUCAGCCCAGGGUGAUGCCGACAAUCAAACAUGAUACCCGUUGCUUGGCUGUCUGUGUAGUGCGAUGCUCGGCAUGUCAUUAAGCAACACAGCAAAAUCUCCAGAAAAGGCUUGGAAUAGAAGAAUGCCAGAAUUCCAGAAUAGUCAGCCGAAAUAUUCUCAAUGAUUUCAGGAUACUGUAGCGCAUUGCACAUCCUCCACCU